AUGAACCACCGCAUGAACUCGUUCCAGGGAACGCGUCCAGGCCCGAGCAGCCACGGCCUGAGCAUCCCAGGCCUCAAUGUCGACAUUGAGAUGCUCGUGCAGAGCACGCAGGGCUCGGCCAUGCACUUUGGCCGCAAGUCGUCGCACGAGAAGUUCCACGGAUGGCUCUGGAAGAAGUCGGGCCGCUUCUCCAAGUGGCGGAACCAGCACUUUGUGCUCGAUGGCGCGCUGCUGACGUACUACGACACGUUUCCGACCGACCAGUUCGUGUCCGAGUCGUCGUUGAUGCCGAUCCAGGGCGACAAUCUGUUUACGACCAAGAGCGAGUCCACGCCGGCCGGUGCGGUCCGCGUGGCGCACGUCGAGACGUCGCCCAAGUCCAAGAUCGCGUUCAAGGUCUAUGCCGUGAGCGGCAAGAUCAUUGACGUCCGUGCAAAGAACGACACGCUGUGCAGGCAGUGGGUGGACCGACUGAACGAAGCAGCAGCGCUGGCCAAGCGCCAAGAGUCGCUCAACAAUAGCACGACCAGCACGGCGUCGUCGACGAUUUCGAUGGGCUACUCGGAUUCCGAGCUGGACAUGCAGUGCAACAUUGUGGACAAGAGCGGGUGGCUGGAAGUCGGCGACCGCAAGUCCACGCGAGCACGAUUCUGUGUCAUGCAGGGCAACAUGUUUACAGUGUACGAUACGGAGGACGCAUGGGCGGUGCCGCUCAGUCGUGCUUACGUGACGCACGCCGAGAAGAUCAGUGAAGCCACUUGUUCGUUUUCCGUAUCGACGUCUGCUGGAAAAACGAGUAAGACAUUGAUAUGCAAGGCACGGUCGCAAGACGAGAUGCACAUGUGGAUGGAGGCGCUGAGCAGUGCGUUCGAGUGA